UGUUCUGGAAAGUUUCAUUUUCAUUGCAUUAAUAAGUUUAAAACUAAUGAUUUGUUUAAAGUUGGUAGACGCCUUGCACUCAGAGCCGCAGCGCACAAGACGCGCUGUCCGUUAUUCAAGGUCCUAAUAUAUAAACAGUCACAAUUGUGACUGUUUGCUGUCUUAACAAUGGCCCCGCGUAAGUGUUUAAAUGAUCCUAACAGUUUUUGUUAUAUUUGUGGUCGUUUCACGUUUGUUAAGAACAGGAUAAAGCUUGAAGAUAAUGUGAAAUCAUUUUACCGCAAUUACUUCAACAUUUCGAUAUCCAAUCAAGAUAAGUCUUGGGCUCCACACGUAGCUUGUAAAUCAUGUGUUGAGUCAUUAAGGCGUUGGAACAAUGCCAAAAGUAAAAUGCCCGUAACUUGGCGAAAAAAAAUCGUAGGUAGUCGAUCAAUAUCUCAUUUUGAAGGAUUCGGAUUCUACGCAGAAAAUUACUUCGGAAAUGACCCACAGCUUCCCGACAACAUCCAAGACCCCCUUUUUUGUAGACCUGUAUGCCUUCGUAUGAAUUCAGAUAUAUUUAAAGAUCUUGUGGAAAAAUUGAGUCCACUAAUUAAAAGACAGAAUACUCAUCUUCGGGACAGCAUUUCUUCUGCAGAAAGGCUUGCUGUGACAUUGCGCCAUUUGGUAACAGGUGAAACUCAAGAAUCAUUAUCUUAUAGUUUUCGUCUCGGACAAAGUACUAUAUCUGGGAUUAUAAAGGAUACUUGUCGUGCCCUCGUUUCUGUUUUGCAAGACGAAUAUCUUAAAUUUCCUGACAGUAAAUUGGCUUGGAAAGCAAUUGCCUAUGACUAUAUGGAGAGAUGGAAUUUUCCGAAUUGUUUGGGUGUUAUGGAUGGUAAACAUAUUCGGAUAGAUCCUCCAUUACGGUCUGGUUCUUCAUACUUUAAUUACAAGGAAACAUUCAGUAUUGUGCUUUUAGCACUUGUGGAUGCUCAACUUCGAUUUAUAUUUGUCGAUGUUGGUACAAAUGGGCGAGUUUCUGAUAGAGGAAUAUGGAACAAAUGUCCCUUAAAACAUUAUUUGGAGAUAAAUAAUGAUAUACCUCUACCAAGUUUCUUACCAGAUACUGAACAAGAUUUUCCAUAUGUAAUCAUAGCGAAUGAAGGUUUUACUCUCUCUACAAAUAUGAUAAUACCCUAUCCUAAGCAACAAUGUACAGGCAAAAAAGAAAGAAGAAUUUAUAAUUACACAUUAUCUAGAGGAAGACGGACUUCGGAAAAUGGAUUUGGAACCAUGGUCAGCAGAUUUAAUAUACUCAGGUCUCCUCUAAGAUAUGACCCAGAUGACGCUCGUUGGAUUGUACUGGCAAUUUGUUGUCUUCAUAAUAUGUUGAGGUCUCACAGUGUAGGCCGCAUAAUGUAUACCCCACCAGGAUAUAUUGAUAAGGAAGAUGAAAAGACAGGUCAACUUCAAUAUGGCGAAUGGCGAAAUGAACAAGGGCAAGGUUUACUAAAUUUGCAACAUCAAGGAGGCAAUCGCCAUGCUUCUGCUGCUAUAGCUAUGCGAGAGACUUUAUGUGAAUAUUUUAAUACCGUUGGAAGAGUGUCAUAG